AUGGCGGCCGGGCAGGGGGGCGGCGGCGGCAACAACGGCACCGGCAGCGGCGCCGGGAGCGGGACGGUGCCCGGGAGCGGAGCGGCGGGGCUCGGGAUCCCCGCGCACCUCACUCUGUCCUUCUCGUCCGGGCCGCACUGGGGCGCGGCAGCUCUGCCGCAGUCGCACACGGUGCGCAGCCUGGAACGGGCCCUGGAGGAGGCGGGCAGCUCGGGCAUCCUGUGCCUGAGCGGGAGGAAGCUGCGCGACUUCCCCGGCAGCGGCUGCGACCUGAGCGACACCACGCAAGCAGAUCUUUCAAAGAACAGAUUUACUGAAAUUCCUCCUGAUGUCUGGCUGUUUGCGCCACUGGAAACUUUAAAUUUGUAUCACAACUGCAUCAAAUCCAUCCCAGAAUCUAUUAAAAACCUGCAAAUGCUUACAUACCUUAACAUUAGUCGAAAUCUUUUGUCAACGUUGCCAAAAUACCUGUUUGAUCUUCCACUGAAAGUUCUGGUUGUCAGUAAUAACAAGCUGGUCUCCAUUCCAGAAGAAAUUGGAAAGUUGAGAGAUCUAAUGGAGCUGGAUAUUAGCUGUAAUGAACUUCAAGUUCUUCCCCAGCAAAUAGGAAAAUUGCAGUCACUUAGAGAAUUGAACAUAAGAAGAAAUAAUCUCCAUAUGUUGCCAGAUGAAUUAGGAGACCUUCCCUUGGUAAAGCUGGAUUUUUCUUGUAAUAAAAUUACAGAAAUUCCCAUUUGUUACAGAAAGUUACGUCACUUACAAGUUAUAGUUUUGGAUAACAAUCCAAUGCAGAUACCACCAGCACAGAUAUGUUUAAAGGGCAAAGUACAUAUAUUUAAAUUCCUCAGUAUUCAGGCGUGCCACAGAAUAGAUAAAAAACCAGAUUCUUUGGAUCUUCCAUCAUUAGGUAAACGAGUUCCCUCCCAGCCACUCACAGACAGCAUGGAGGACUUUUAUCCCAAUAAGAACCAUGGACCAGACUCUGGCAUUGGAAGUGAUAAUGGGGAUAAAAGGUUGUCCACUACAGAACCAUCUGAUGAUGACACAAUCAGCCUUCACUCCCAGGUGUCAGAAUCAACAAGGGAGCAGACAUUAAGGAAUGACAAUCACGUAAUGGGAAGUAAACUCGAUCCGCAGAAAGACCAGGAGGCAUUUGACUACAUUGAUCCCAACGCAGAGGAGGGAGCUCUUCCUGAGCAGGGAGAGGCACAGAUUGGCCCCCUGCUCUCCUAUGUCAAGGAACGGGGAAAACAUCCUGAGAAAUCCCAGAAAAUAGAACAAAAUGAGGACUGGGGAGAUGAAAAAAGACUUCAGAAAGAGCAGCUGCUGGCUGAAGAUGAGGAUGGACUCAAAGAAGUGUCUGACUUGAGAAAAAUAGCAGCUCAGUUGUUGCAGCAAGAACAAAAACACAGACGAAGGCCACUAAGCUAUAGAACUUCAUUCAGUGAAAAGCUCUUCCAGAGGACCAGGGCGGCAGGACGUGCAUCAAGGCUUCUUAAUCAUUCAGUUUCAGUAAACACAAGGAACAGGCCAAAGCAGCCAAUGGAAUCUGAAAAAUGUAUCUCAACAAAUGAAGUGAAUUCCCCAGUGUCCCCAUACAGCUGGCAGCCACUGGAAAACCAGAAGGAUUCAGUGGAUGAGCAGCAUUGGCCAGAAACACAGCCAGUAAUCUGGCAGAAUGAAGAAAGAAGGAGAAGUAAACAAAUAAGAAAAGAGUAUUUCAAGUAUAAGUCUUCCAGAAAGAGUUCAAGUGGAAAUGAAAAUGAUGAGCAAGACAGUGAUAAUACUAAUGUGUCCCCACAGUCUCCUGUGUCGUCUGAGGAUUAUGAAAGGACAGAUAGUAACACUCAUGGUCCAUUUGGUCUCAAACCAAGGUCAGCUUUCAGCCGUGCCUCACGCCAGGACUAUGGUGCAGUGGAUCCUGGCUUUACAAUGAGGAGGAAAAUGGAACAUUUAAGGGAAGAAAGGGAGCAAAUCAGACAGCUUCGCAGUAAUCUCGAAUCCAGGUUGAAGGUAAUUUUGCCAGAUGACAUUGGAGCAGCGUUGAUGGAUGGCGUGGUUCUUUGCCAUUUAGCCAAUCACAUAAGGCCCCGUUCUGUUGCCAGCAUUCACGUCCCAUCGCCAGCAGUGCCUAAACUCAGCAUGGCAAAGUGCCGAAGAAAUGUUGAAAACUUUCUCGAUGCUUGUAAAAAACUGGGCGUUCCACAGGAGAGACUUUGCCUGCCUCAUCACAUUCUGGAGGAAAGGGGUCUGGUGAAGGUUGGCCUCACAGUUCAAGCUCUGCUGGAGCUGCCUGCCUUGAAAGUAUCUCAGCUUUCUUCCAUGUGACACGACUCCUUGGCAGCUGACAGCUUCCCACUUGCUCUGUUGAUAUGGAUCGCUCUGGGGCACUUCAGCCUCCCACACGGGAACACCCAAGCCAUCAAAAACUACAAUCUGUCCAGAUGCUGUGGAGAGCCUUACUUUGGAGCUGUGUGUGAAAACCUUGGAGUCAGUUCACAGUUAAAAGAACAUAACCAUUCUUUCUUUUUUUUUUUUUUUUUUCUUUCCUUUUGUAAUUGGAUGUACAAAGAGAAUGUGGCAGCAUCGGGUUCUCUUUCUAGCUGAGUUAAAAGCUGCCAUUGAACAUCUCAGUGUUAGGGUUAAAUGCUGGAUUUCUUUUUUUACAUUGAAAAUGUUUGAAUUACUUUUGAAAGUACAAAGCACACUCCCCGUCACUUUAAUUUUUUGAGUCAAUCAUUUGAUUUAAAGACAAGACAAAAAUGUAGCGAUGCUAUGAUGGUAAAAAUGUGAGCAACUGGUCACUUGUAAUCCCCUUUCACUCUCUGAAAGCUUAAUAUUUGCGUUCUUUGUUUUUUGCACUCCUGAUUGUAACUUACGCACUUCUAACAUUGCCAGUAUUGAGUCCGAGUGUCUGGUGAUUACACAGAACAGGAUACAGUGAGGAAAGGAUACAGUUUAUUGAGUUUUUCCCAGUCUUCUAGGUUGGUGCCAAAUAUUUUUUUUUCAGUUGUACUGUAGAUUGUUUACCUGUGAAGUGCCUGUGUAAUUGAUAACUCUUAAUAGUCUUAAGCAUUUUUGAAAUUUCUUUGUUUAAAAUAGAUAAAAUGGAAAUUUUUUAAUAUUUUAAUAGUUUUUUUGUAAAAUUGGUAUGUGAAGAUUUAAGUAAUACUUCACAUUUUUGAUGUUGGGUGUUUUAAGUUUGUUGCACAAUUAUAUUGGUUAUUUGUUGUCUAAUAGAAAAUACUGUAAAUACUUUUUAUUUAUGAUAUUUAAUUUGAUAAUACCUAAUUACUUUUGUUUUAAUGUAUUGUUGGACAAAAACAAAGUUGUCUACUUUGUUUGGGACAAACAAAUACACAUGAUGAAUAAGACAUGAGGACUAGUGAUUCAUACAGAGUAAUUUAGGACAUUUUGAUAAAACUGCCAAAAUCUCAGGUUUACGCUGUGAUGUUCAGGAUUUUGUGUAAUUGCUCCUGAUCUCACAUUACAUUUUUACAACAGGUAUAUCCAUAAUUUAGCUGGGAAGUAUCAGUGUUUGUCUUUUUAGUGUUUGCAGGGUUUAUUGUGUAAUUUACAUGAGUGUGGCAUUAGCACACAGGUCAGUUUGCACAAAUGUCACUGUGCUGAGACAUUACAUCGACUGAGAAACGGGAAGACGAAACAUUUCCACCCUGGUGGCUUCUUGAAACUUCUGAGUUCAGGUAUUUGCUUCUGCACAAAUUCCUGAGAACACUUUGAAACCAUACACAGUUGAGUCGUUCUCUAGACAAUUUGCAAAUAAUUUCGUAAUUCUGGUAGUAGGUCUGUUUGUAUUAGUUUGUUCUUCAUGAAUAGGUAGCUCAAUUAAAAAAUGUUUUGACUGCCACAGAUUUUCUAUUUCAGGCUAAGUUAUUUUCAGUUGAGAGAUAUGUUUGCCAAGCAUUUGACAAGAUUUGAUUCUGUUCUUUCCAAUUGAUAAAGACCCCAUGUAAGAUAAUUCAUAAAAGAAUGAGGGAGGAGUAUUGUCUGUUCCUUCUACCAUUGUCCUUAUAGGCAAUAGCUGACAGGAAAAAUAACCUUUUUCUGAUGAUAAGUUUAAAAAUACCAUUUGUUUUUAAAUCUAUUGAAAUUAGUUAGUGUAUAUGUAAUAGUUAAAAUCCACUGUUGUUCAUACAGUGUUGUCUUAAAACACAGCUUAUGGAGAGGCUGGUGUAUAAAUUAAUUUGCAAAGUCCUAGAUAUAAAUCUUAGGUUAGAUAAAUAUGUGUUUAAGCAAACUGGAUUGCUUUGACAUUUGAAAACACCGUAUUUCAAAUCUGUCUAAUUGGUUCUUGUCUCUUCUUAAUGGUUAUUUUAACAACUUCAGUCUCUAUUUUCAUUAAAGGCACUCUCUGAAAAGUCAUGCAAAAACUAAUGAAAAAGUUAUAAUUCACUAAGCAAAAUGCUUGCCUGCUACAUUUAAAAACCCAGUCCCUCAAAGAGAGUAAGUCCUUGUCUUUCAUUUCACCUUUGUUGUACUACCAGAGCAAAGUUCUAGUUCAGUGUUAGCCAUAGAAGUGUUAACUAUAAAUUGGCACUUUCAGUUAUCUGAAAACUGAUCUCCACUGCUGUUUCAUUGUCAUAUUUAGAAACAUUUUCUGAUCUUAAGAUAACAUUUUUCCUUCUUGAGCUAAUUGUAUUAAGUUACAUCACAGUGUAAGCAUUAAGAAUUUCCUUGAUGUAAUACGGCAGCUGCUGACUACUUAGGGGUUUUUCAAACUCCUUAGUUGACAAAUGGAUAUGAAACUAAUAUGAAACUAAUGUACUCAUUUUAAUCUGAAAACUACCCAAACAACUUUUUUUUUUUUUUUUUUCUUUUUUAGUACUCUGCAGUUCUUCCCUGCAGAUUUGCUAGAAAAAGCCUUGCUUUGUCAUUCCUUGGAAAUUGCUAUGGCUGCCUUCUUGCUUAUGGGGAAGGAUAGUCAUGAUUCUUCCAAAGCUUCCCUUUUAUCAUGGCAAAGAUUAAAGCCUUCAAAUACCCUUAGGAGCAGUCUGAGAAAAGAUCCACUGUGCUUGGAUGAAUCUUUUUCUCUUCUCUAACUGCUUUUACAAAUAAUAAUAAUAAUCUAAAGUGUUGCUAACAUCGGCUUGUACCCAUUGUGAUUUCCUUAAGAGCAAUUUCAAAAAUAAUGCUAAAAAGAUUUGAAUUUUAAGUUUUCAUUUCCAAGUAGCCUGUGGAAAUAGUUGUGUCUUCUCUGUACAAGAAUUUGCACACUCUACUCCUUUCUCCCUUUCCUUUUGAUUCCCAGCAUUUUACUUAUUUUUGUUCAUUCUCACAUCCGGUGCGUUCAUGUUGUUGGUUACUCUGGUCACUUUCCUCCAUCCUCUUUAAUUUUUUAAAGAAAUUGUUCCAGUGGCACUGAUGAGCUAUUGUGAUUCCAGAAUCCUGGCUCCAAACAUUUCCAGUGUUUGAGAUAACCAUUUUCCAUUUUGUUUAGGAUGCCAUUACAUAGUCCUUUAUACAGCUGACAGGGUAGUUAAAAGCAGAGGCCUGCUCAGUUCCUGUUGCACCUGUUCCAUCUUCAUUUACAGCAUGAAGAAAAGUCAACAUUAAAAGCUUUAGGAAAGGUGCAUUAAGUUUUCCUAAUAAACUUUGCAAUAAUGUGGCAUGAACUGUAAAUUAGAGAGUGAAUCAACAUAGUGGCAGGGCUUCUGGCCUUGUGUACUUUUUGUGUUUUGUGUCACACAUGACUGAUCUUUCACUAGAGCAAUAAUAUCCUAGAUAGUGGCGAGGUCUUAAAGCGGUGACAGUAAAAUAAUCCUUGUGGAGUGGUGGUGUCUUCCCAAAGAGUAUCUCAAAGUGCUGUCCAUCUUCUCCAGCAAUGCUAAUCCAGAGUGCUCACUGCUGGGCAUGCAGAAACCAUCCAGAUCCCUGCAGCUGGAGGCCUUCCAAAAUCUAACCAAAAGCUAGGAGCAUAAAAUAGGGAGGAAUAAAUUUGAAACAAUAAACAACUGACAUGAAUCACAAGAUUUAUUUUUUAAAAAAAUACUAGCCUUUACUGAAGUUAAGUUUUACCCUUGACUUCAGUAUAUUCUCAGCUUUUUGAUUUGUGGAACACCUGAGCUGGAGACCAUGGCAAAUGUGGCUUAAACUUGUUUGACACUAGCAAACUUUAGUGUCAGAUUCUUAACUGAAAUAGUAAGUCAAAUAUUGUAAAAUGUUAUGCGGAUUCCUUUAAUAAUUUUUUUUCUGAUAAGCCAAAUAGUAUUAGGUGGUAGGAAAACCUACAUUUAAGUGAGGUGGGAAGGUGUGUUACCUCAAUAAAGCUGUAGGUGAGGAUAACCAUUAGGUUUUUACUGCACUAAAAACUUUAUUUCAAAUAUCAUAUCAUUUAGUGCCGGUCUCCUCAGAUUUUGACAUAAAUCUGCUGCCAAAUCCAAACAAAAAUGAAGAAGUCUGUUUUCACUGGAACUUUCAUGUGUCAUGUUGGUACUGAAGAGAAGGAUGAAGGUCUGGCAAUUUUUCCUUUUGCUGAUUCCUUAAAUGUUUGAAAGGUUUAUUCCACUGAUAUCAACUGACAGCAACCUGUGGGAGUUUUUUAAGUACUUCUGGAGAUAGGAGAUGUGGUUUGGUAUUACCAAAUCAAAUAUUACUUUUCCCUCACCAAGUCAGGCUGAUGUCUGUCUUUCUGUUGGAGGAUCUCUACUUGAAAAGCAAAAGCAAAUAAACACACCCAAACACAGACAAAUUUGGAAUUUAAAAAAUGUUAUUAAGUAAUGGGAAAGGCAAAGUAGAGUUGUCUAAGCUGAGAGUGCUUUGAGUUAUUUCAUGUUGAAUCACUUUGCCAGGAAAAGCUUUCAGUCCUAGUAAAGGAGGACGUGUUCUGUAGCCGAGAGAUGAGGAUCCUGAGCUUUCAGCAGAGGUUACAACACCAAGGAAUUUGCCAUCUUUGUGUUCCCAGAGCCUGUUUGGUAUGGACAGCUGUGUCCCAGUGCUGCAGGGAAGCUGGCAUGUGCCCCUUGUGAUCCCCUGCCUUUGUGCCAGUGAGGGCUGUGCAGGACAGCUGCUGACAGAAACACCUCCUUGCACUUACAGAGAUGCCGCAACCUGAGCAAAACCACCAAGUGAUAAUUUGAGAUUAAUCAAUAAUAGAUAUUCACCAAUAUUUAACUUCGACCAGCAGUGAGUGAGGCAGAGGAAGCUUUGCUGGGAACUACAAACCUUUUCUGACUGGAAAUGGCACCGUGGCUCUGAACUGGUGACUGUGGCCCUUGUGCACUUCCCUGAGGGAAUGCAGACAGCAUUGCUGGGUUUGUUCCAUAUGCAACACACCGGGUCACGUGAACUGUCUAUUCUUAAUGAGCAGUGUUAUGGUACAGGUUUGUUUUGUAAAAUAUGAAGGUAAUUUUUUUCUAUUCCUGUGAAGAAAACUGCUGAUCUUCGCUGCUUCAAUAGAGAAUAUAAAUGAUUAAUUACAUUUUAGUUUAAACUUGCCACUGCACAGGAGCAGUUCUGGCUCCUUUGUUUCUUACAUAAUAAAACACCCUUUGCUUUAUUUGUCUUUAAGUAUUUCACGUUGUACAAUUUUGGCAGCAUAUGAUCUUAAAGUUGUGGUUGUAUGAGGUGUUUGUUCCCUCAUUGGGUUUGACCGUUAUUUUUUCAGCAUGAGAGGCAAAGGGCAGCAAAAUUGCUGCAAGAUACUUGGUCAGUUUCUAGAGAAGGAACACCAGUUAUCAUAAGACAACAUCUAAUCAGUCAUUUUUAGUUCAGAUUAUAUACAGCCAAUUGUAUUUUUAAAAAAAAAAAUAUUCAGAGUGGUUUUUUUACAUUUCAGAAUCCUAAUCUUAAAACAAGCAAAAACGAAAAAUUUUUUUCCAUGGCUACUCUAGUAUCUUAGGAAAUUCUACAGGAGAAGAAUAGCUCAGGCUGACGGCAAAUUUAAUUGUUUUGGAAAAGUUUUAUUUUGGCAGUGUUAAAUUUGCAGUUGAACUUGAUCCAUUUAAAGUCUUUUCCAGCCUAAAUAACUCUAGGAUUGUAAGGCUUCGGUGAGACCUGAAUUUCCCUCCAGGGUUUUGUAACUCAGUUACUGUAGAGUCAGUCAUUUAAAGUAAAUUCUUGGCACUAAGGAGGGCUUCCUCACUCCAUUCAAAGUUAUGCGAAAUAAGGCAAAUGUAACUUCUUUCCAUCAUAGUUUUAUGAAGGCAGAUUGUAAAACAGAGACUAUUUGGAAGUGCCACAAGGAUACUUUCUAUGCUUUGUUUCAUUUUAAAAUGCGUGACCCGGUGCAACACUUCAGAAUGACUGCAUUUGUGUAGGGUUUGGUCGUGCCAUACCUGGCACGGGAACUUGCAGUAACUGCUCAGCAUUAAUCCAGAUUCUGAGGCUGUGCAGGACUCUGCUCCUCACGUGCAGCUGUUGAUGCAGCUGUGUUUGCUGAGGGGAUGUGAAACCUGCAGCAUUCCUGCAGCCAUGGCAGUUCCUGGCUGUGGCAGCAGCAGCAAGGCUGAGAUUCCCUGGGAGAGCACAGGUGUAGGGAAAAAGGGAUGGGCUGGUGGAAUCCACUGGGAGUAAUGUGAAUACUUUUUACUGGUAUGGAAUGUCUAGAACAAUGAAGAUGUGAUUGCUUUACGAUUAGCAUUCAGUUGGCGUUCAGUUGCUUUAUUUUAUAACUUGUGGUUAUAAAACACAAAAGAUGCAAUGUAACCAAAUGGUCAACAUGUAAAUGUGUGCAGGAUGUGGCAAAAGUAGUUCUGAGGGCGCAGCAGGAGAGUGAUCAUUAAGAAUAGAUGCUCAAAUUGUGUAUAUACUUGGAAAAUUUUUGAUAGUGCAUUUCAAUUGAUUUUGCAUUUCAUGUUCUUGUAAAGUGCAUCUUUCAUACUUUUGAAGAUUGUCUACUUGUACUAUACUGGAUUAAGCCUUUUUUCAGGAUUUCCAUUAUUGCUGGAGCUUCCAACAUACAUGUUUCUUUCGAAAAAUGUUCUGACUGUUUUGGGUUGUUUUUUUUUUUUUUUUUUUUUAAAUAGUGUUUUGUAUUAAAUUUGCAUGGAUGAAGCCCCCAUUUCCAAAACCAGUGUACAUACGCUGUGUAUAAAAUACAAACUGUUUCAUAAUUUUCAUGUA